AUGGAUUGUAUAGAGGCCAUGGGUGCGCGACGUGCCAUGUCGCUCAUGUUCACCGUUCCGGAGCGCUUCGUCGGCUUCGCGCACAUGGACCAGAAGACUUUCUUCGAACUCUCGGACUGGAUCCUCGCAAACGUCGCAUCAACGAUUACUACCGACAUAAGUGUGGAAGAGUCGCUCUUCAUAUUCUUGGAUAUCGUGGCACAGGGGAACAGCUUCAGUACCGUGGCGUAUGGAUGGGAUCACGACCUAGAGCUUACGCAAGGCAUAUUCCUCAACGUCCUCAACGCCCUCACGGUCCUGCGCGAAAGCAGGGAGAUUGCCGAUUCAUGCCCGCCCUUCACACAAACCCGUAAGCGAUGGGAAGUCGCUCGGAGAUGGAACCAGAAGCGGGCGCGUAUGGGCACCGGCGGUGUCGUCCGCAUCGGCUACGACGAAAUGUUGCGCGACGGCCUCGAGGUUGACCAAGAGUGUCUGAAAGAGGCGCUGAUGGCGAUGAACAACUUCAUCCACGAGAACGCCGACCACGACGAAUCAUGA